GGACGCGGAAGAAGUGGCCCCGUGGAGGCUCCCGCUUCUGAAGCGUGGGAAGCGGAAGAAGCGGCAGGCUGUCGGUUUUGGUCUUGGCCCCAACGGGUUCCCCCGGGCCAUUAGAACCCUAGAGAGGAAGAGGAGGCACCGCGGCUGCGGCUGAGGGACCGAACCCCCCACCUGUCCUCGAGGCGGGAGGGGGGUAGGGAGGGGAGAAGCACCGAUCCCAGGGUUGAGGAACCUCCGGGACCGGGUCCCGGAGCAUGGGUAGCUGGAGCUGCCGAGGCCGCCCGGGCGGGCCCUGCCCGACUGUUAGGUCUUCGUUGCUAAAGCUGCCCGGGCAGCCGCGGCGUCUGUAGCCGGGCCCCGCUUGUGGUCCUCGGCCGAAAAGAUAGCAGCAUGAGUUCCGCCCCUGCCUAGUUUCCUCCCCCUCCUUCUGUUCUCCCUCUGUCCUUCUCCUUCUCUCCUUCCCCACACCUCAUCCCUCUUUCUCGCCCUUGUGCUGCUCUUUCCCCUGCCUCCAGUCUUCUUCCUCUUCCCUUUUCUUCCUUUCUCCCUCCCGCCCUCCUCCGUUAUCCUCUCUGUCCUCCUGCUUUUCUAUUUAUUCGUUUUCCCUCCCUCUUUCACUUUUUCCUUCUCCCUCCAUCCUUCUUUCCUCCAUUCGCUUCCUUUAUUUUGCCACCCUCCACCACAACCUCUCCAUCCUCCUCUCCUCCCUCACUACUAUCCUCCCUUCCUCAUCAGCAUCCUCCUUCCCUCCUCCUCUCCUACGUUUCUCCGCCCCCAGCCCCCGCCCCCAAGCCUCCGCCCCUUAGCUCCCGCCCCCAGCUGCCAGUCCCCAGCAGCUCAGUCCUGCAGUGAGAGUCUUGGGAGUCCAAAGCUAAGCACCAGGAGCUGAGCACUGCCUGCUGUGCCUGCCUGCUAGUCUCCGACAUGGCUCAAGAGAAAAUGGAGCUGGACUUUGAGCCUGACACAUCUGAUGGGGGCACCCUGAGGAGAUCCAGCAGCGCUCCCCUGAUCCAUGGGCUCAGUGACCUUUCACAGGUUUUUCAACCUUACACAUUUAGAACUCGAAGGAAUAGUACAACGAUUAUGAGCCGUCACAGUUCGGUAAGUAUAGAAUUGCUGUCAUCCUCACCUAAUCGUAUUCCUAGCAGCAGACUGCAUCAGAUUAAAAGGGAAGAAGGCCUGGAUAUGAUGAACAGAGAAACUGCCCAUGAAAGGGAAGUGCAAACGGCAAUGCAGAUAAGCCAAUCAUGGGAUGAAAGCUUGAGCCUGAGUGAUAGUGAUUUUGACAAGCCUGAGAAAUUAUAUUCUCCUAAGAGAAUUGACUUCACUCCAGUUUCUCCAGCACCUUCACCCACCAGGGGAUUUGGAAAGCAAUGCUUUUCACCAUCCUUACAAAUGUUUGUGAGUAGCAGUGGGUUGCCGCCGAGUCCCGUUCCUAGUCCAAGACGAUUUUCAAGCAGGAGGAGUCAGAGUCCAGUCAAGUGCAUUAGACCCAGUGCUCUUGGUCCUCUUAAAAGAAAAGGUGAAAUGGAGACUGAAAGCCAGCCCAAGAGGCUCUUCCAAGGCACUACCAAUAUGCUAUCUCCAGAUGCUGCGCAAUUGUCUGAUCUCAGUUCAUGGUGGUGUUAUCAAGGAGAAGAAAUUCCUGCCUUGACCAGAUGUGUGGAGCAUCUACAAAUGAAUGAAUAAUGUUAUUUACACACAGACCACUGUGUACUAAAGCAUCCAUGGAGCUGUCAGUGUCUCGGGUGGUAUUAUGAGGCCUUAGGUGCCUUGGGGUACACUGUCGUGCUGUAAAGGAUGUGUAUCGUAAGGUCGGGUGGAAAAGGGGGCUUUAUAUGUGUGAUUGCCACAUACCGUUUUGGUUGUUGCUUUUUUCUGAUUCCUUUUUGUCAUUGGAUUUGUUUGUUUUGUCGUGUGGUGAUUGGUGUUUUGGUUAUUGUGUUACCACCACAAUUGGAAUCCAGUUUUUGUUCAUGCUUCCUUAUAGCAAGGGCAGUUUAAUAUCUACGAGAAAGCUUUUAGGAGCUGAAAAAGUCAAUGUUAUUGUGCAUUCUGCUCUUAAGAAGCUGUUUUAGCUAUGAACAGUAUACAUGCUAGUAAGUGUGAGGUGACAUAAGUUAUUUAAUUUUUAAAAGAGGGAACUCCUGACUGAGCUAUUUAAGAAAUCUGAGUGUAAUCUAUUGUUAUGUUAUUUAUUAUUUAUAACUGUAAAAUGUCGUGAUAGUUUUCUUUUAAUGUUCAGACAUCAUGGUUGGAUUGUAUUUAAUAUGCAGAUUUUCCUACUAGGAUCAUGAUAUUCCAUUUUUAAACGAAUGUAAGGAAUGAAAACUACUGCAGCAUUUGUGUCUUUUGAAGGCAAAAGUCCAUGGAUUUUAAAGGAAGAUGAUGUGCUUUUGGAGGCACUCACAGACUAGUGAUAAUGUGUGGCUUGAAGGGAAACCUAUUCUCUUUCAGUUACAAGGGAGCAUCACUUAGCUUGCAGUAGUUCUCUUACAGCAUCACAGCUAUUCUUUAUUUUUAAUUACAAUCACCACAACAGCCAUUAAUGGCUUUAUUUCUCAUAUUGUGUUCACCUGUGCAAAGCUCAUAGUCCUUCAAACCUAACAUAAAUGUAUUUAUUAUGAAGAUUGUCCCCUAGUAUGCUGUUUUAAAGAAAAAUUUCUUCAGUAGUAUUCAGUGUAUCUAUUCUGUUUAUAGAAGAACCAGGUUAUGAUGUUUCUGCCUCUGUGAUGAUAAUAGAUGAUUUUGUCUUAUAGGAGAUUUAUCCACCUUCACUCUACUGUCUUCUUUGCCUUAAAGGGACAAUUUUGGCCAUCAUUUUUGGGCUCUAACUUAGGACUGUUAGGAAAUAACCUUUGAAAUGUGAUGAUAUUUAAAUUUAUUUUUGAAAUUCAGUGGUGGGGUAGAACUAGGAUCAGAAAUUGAAAUUGUUACAGUGGCAUGAGAACUAGGAGGCAAGGUGAUUCACUUUACUGUUUAAACCAAGAUGUGUUUUUAGUUUUUAUUGUUUAAAUGGACUAGAAAGUUAAGUUUGUGCAGGGAUUAUUUUGAAAUAAAUAAAAGAUAGAGAUGCUAACCCGCAGAGGAGCUUUGUUGACAAUACCCUUUUAUUUUUAUAUAAAGUCUAAUAUUUAAAAAGUGAUCAUUGUUAUAAAGUAAAAUUCUCUCUUCCUAUACUAAUAUUAUAUCAUAUAUUUCAGGCUUCUAUUUAAAAACAGGUACAAGAGAUGAUACCAGAAAAUCCUAUAGAUACAGUUUUUGCUUGACUGACAUAUAAUCACUGUGUUUCAUGAUAACUGCUUUUGGAAUAAUAGGAUGUUUUGUGAAACGCUGGCCUUGUAUAUAUCUUAGAAUGCAAAUUUAAUAAAGUGUGUAUACCUGCAUAAAAUUUA